AUGGCACAGCUCACCAACUUUCAAAAUUGCUCAACUGUCACCAGCCAAAAGCCCAUCAUGAUGCCCAAAAGUGAGAACUCUGUCCUUCUACAAAGUCAUAGACACAUUCAAACUUGCCCUCUUCACAAACAACAUCCCAAGGUGGUGGAGGAGAUGAAUAUGAUCAAGGAAUUCGACUACAAGGAGCUCGAAGAAGCGACUCAAGGCUUCUCUCCUACUCAUCUUAUCGGUAAAGGAAGCCAUGGAUUGGUCUACAAGGGAGCUCUACAAGACGGCAAGCUCGUCGCGAUAAAAAAACCUUCCCCGGGCCUUCAAAUCCUUCGCGACAACACCAAGAUCGAUAACGAAAUAAGUAUGUUAUCUUCGCUACCCGAAAACCCUAAUAUCAUCAGUUUUCUUGGUACGAGUCAUGACUCAGCCAUGAACAAGGUUUUAGUUAUGGAACUCAUGCCUAAUGGCUCUCUUCAUGACUUGUUGCAUGUUUCCACUGCGCCACCAACAUGGCCUCAACGCUUAGAGAUGGCCAUGCAGAUAGCUAGGGCAGUGCAGUUCCUUCAUGAGGAGAAGCCUUUGGUUGUCCAUAGGGAUAUCAAGUCUGCCAACAUUUUGUUUGAUUCAGAAUGGAAUGCCAAGUUGGCAGAUUUUGGGCUCGCCGUUCGAAAAAAUGAAAAUAUAGACCAUUCCCGAGUCGACUCAUUGAGUCAACCCGCCGGGACUAUUGGGUAUUUGGAUCCUUGUUAUACCACCCCUAGCAAACUAAGUACUAAAAAUGAUGUGUUUAGCUUUGGGGUAGUGCUACUAGAAGUUAUUAGUACUAGUAAAGUUAUAGAUCUAUCAAGGACACGGACUCAUAUAGUCGAGUGGGCAAUACCAUUAAUAAAAAAGGAUCGGAUAAAGGAGGUUUGCGACUCAAGGACUGAGUUACCGAUGUGCAUGGAGGGUACUAUAAGACAUAUUUUGCGUGUGGCGGCCCGUUGUGUCUCCUCAAGGGAAGAUCUUCGACCAUCGAUGCAACAAAUCAUCAUUGAUAUCGAUAAACAUCGAUCCAUCGACCGGGUUCGGGUUCCGAUUUGGUCAAGCCUCUUAGAAAGUGUAGUUCUUAUAAGAAGGGGGCGAAGAUCAGCAUCCCGAUUUAGGGGGGCUAACUCAGUGAAGUGUGCAACUCACAAAGGAGAAGUUGGAGGUGAGUUUGCAAGAGGGAAGGUGUUGUUGAGGGAUGUUUUGGCUGAAAUAUGCUAGUUAUAUACAGAUCAGCUGAGUCAUGAACUCACUCGGUGAAAGAUUGGUAAUGGACUGAGUCAACUCGGUUGGUGGGGUCAGUUAACUCCGAUAGGUCAAUGGUCACACUGACACAUUGAAUAAUGAAGAAUUUUGUUGAGGGUUCAGAGCAUGCCCUCCAAACACAAGAUUCCCAAAAGUAGGUGACAGAGAAAAAGCUUUGUUUAGUGCUCUGUCAUUCCAUGCUGAUGGUUAUGCUUCUUCUUUCCUUUUCUUUUGGGCACCGUUUGCCUUGGUGCCCCUAGGGUUUGCCCAUACCAUUCUUAUAGAAUCAAUUUACUUGGAAAAAAUUAGGGUUUUCCAAUUAUUUUUAUUAUUUUUUUCAUAUCUCUAUACCUUUUGAUGUAUGAA